UUAUCUGACAAUGAAACUAUGACGUUAGAACUGCUGGAUGUUAAUGACAAUGUUCCACAGUUCCCUCAGUCAUUUUAUACUAUACGUGUGAUGGAGAAUAACGCACCUGGAGCCUUGCUCAGCUCACUCACUGCGUUUGACCCUGACCUCCAUGAAAACCAGUAUCUAGUUUAUUUCAUCCUGGAGAAGGAGAUAGCCAACACCUCCAUGUCCAUGCUGUUCUCCAUCAAUCCAGAGAACGGGAACCUUUACGCACUCAAAACCUUUGACUAUGAGAUCGAGAAGGAGUUUCUUUUCCACAUCGAGGCAAGAGACUCUGGCUCUCCUCCACUCAGCAGUAACGUCACGGUCCACAUCAUUAUCGUGGACCAGAACGACAACGCUCCGGUGAUUGUGUCUCCGUGGCGCGCGCACGGCUCGGUGGUGGAGGAAAAGAUCCCCAGAUCCACCGAUAAAGGCUCUCUGGUUGCCAAGGUGAUCGCCUUAGACACAGACUCGGUGCACAACUCUCGGAUCACCUACCAGUUUCUACAGGUGACUGACGCCACCUUGUUCAGUCUGGACCAGUACAACGGAGAGAUCCGGACUAUGAGGAUGUUCAGUUACAGAGAUCCGCGCCACCAGAGACUGGUUGUUGUUGCCAAGGACAACGGGGAGCCUGCUCUCUCUGCUACAGUCACCAUCAAGCUGUCCACAGUGGAGACUGCCGUUAAGGCCUACUCUGACAUGACCGAGGUGCCGCUAGAAUAUGACAUCUUUUCAGACCUCAACCUGUAUUUGGUCAUCGGUCUGGGCUCGGUGUCAUUUCUGCUGCUCAUCACCAUAUUGGUCACCAUCGUGCUCAAGUGUCAGAAACCCAAACCCAGCAAAGCGGCUCCUCCCUGCAGGAACAGCGUGCUCAGUGAGAGGAACUCCACCAUCGCAGACUCCACUCUGGUGUCCAACGAUGCCUACUGGUAC